AGCUCGGGUGCCAGGAGCGGGGCUCGGUGACAGCGGAGGCAGUGGCCGCGGGCGGGACGCAGGGAGCUGUGGCGGUGCCGACGGAGGCGGGAAGGGCAGACGAGAGCGGGCCUCCGGGUGGCGCGGAGCCGGAGGAGCCCGGGAGCGGGCGGCGGGCGCAGCUUGCGGGCCAGGCACCCGAACUUGGGACAAGUUGCCUGAGCCGCGGGGCGCGGGCGGCGGACAGAUUGACCUUCAGAGCGAGGGAGGCAGCGCCAGCAGCCGCCAUGGCAUCACGCAUCGGGCUGCGCAUGCAGCUCAUGCGGGAACAGGCACAGCAGGAGGAGCAGCGGGAACGCAUGCAGCAGCAGGCUGUCAUGCAUUACAUGCAGCAGCAGCAGCAGCAGCAGCAGCAGCAGCAGCAGCAACAGCAGCAACAGCAGCUGGGGGGGCCGCCCACCCCGGCCAUCAACACCCCUGUCCACUUCCAGUCACCACCACCUGUGCCUGGGGAGGUGCUGAAGGUGCAGUCCUACCUGGAGAAUCCCACCUCUUACCACUUGCAGCAGUCCCAGCACCAGAAGGUGCGGGAGUACCUGUCCGAGACCUACGGGAACAAGUUUGCCGCCCACAUCAGCCCUGCCCAGGGCUCCCCGAAACCCCCACCAGCCGCCUCCCCAGGGGUCCGGGCCGGACAUAUGCUGUCCUCCUCCACUGGUAACAGUGCCCCCAACAGCCCCAUGGCCAUGCUGCACAUCGGCUCUAACCCCGAGAGGGAGUUGGAUGACGUCAUUGACAACAUUAUGCGUCUGGAUGAUGUCCUGGGCUACAUCAAUCCUGAAAUGCAGAUGCCCAACACGCUACCCCUGUCCAGCAGCCACCUGAACGUGUACAGCAGUGACCCCCAGGUCACAGCCUCCCUGGUGGGCGUCACCAGCAGCUCCUGCCCUGCGGACCUGACCCAGAAGCGAGAGCUCACAGAUGCUGAGAGCCGGGCCCUGGCCAAGGAGCGGCAGAAGAAAGACAAUCACAACCUCAUUGAAAGGAGACGGAGGUUCAACAUCAAUGACCGCAUCAAGGAGUUGGGAAUGUUGAUCCCCAAGGCCAAUGACCUGGACGUGCGCUGGAACAAGGGCACCAUCCUCAAGGCCUCUGUUGAUUACAUCCGGAGGAUGCAGAAAGACCUGCAGAAGUCCAGGGAGCUUGAGAACCACUCUCGACGCCUGGAGAUGACCAACAAGCAGCUCUGGCUCCGCAUCCAGGAGCUGGAGAUGCAGGCGCGAGUGCAUGGUCUCCCCACCACCUCCCCGUCUGGCAUGAACAUGGCUGAGCUGGCCCAGCAGGUGGUGAAGCAGGAGCUGCCCAGCGAAGAGGGCCCAGGGGAGGCCCUGAUGCUGGGGGCCGAGGUCCCGGACCCUGAGCCACUGCCGGCUCUGCCCCCCCAGGCCCCGCUGCCCCCGCCCACCCAUCCCCCCUCCCCAUUCCAUCACCUGGACUUCAGCCACAGCCUGAGCUUUGGGGGAGGGGAUGAAGAGGGGCCCCCAGGCUACCAUGACCCCCUGGGGCCAGAGCAUGGUUCCCCAUUCCCCAACCUGUCCAAGAAGGAUCUGGACCUUAUGCUCCUGGACGACUCACUGCUACCACUGGCCUCAGACCCCCUCUUAUCCACCAUGUCCCCCGAGGCCUCCAAGGCCAGCAGCCGUCGGAGCAGCUUCAGCAUGGAGGAGGGCGACGUGCUGUGACCCUGGCUGCCCCUGUGCCUCCCUCCCCCACAUCAGGCUGCACUUGUGUGUGAAGUAGCCACCUGCCCUGCCUCACUCCUCCCUGUUGGCCCUGUUUGGACUUAGUGCCUGUCCGGCAGCCUGUGGGGUCAGCAGAAGCCCCCCACCUGGCUCAGUGCCCCCCCGGGGGCAGCCCUUCUGAUGGGGCUGGGUGGGAAUAAGCCUUCAUCCGGCUCCCGGAGCUGCAAUCAUGAGGGGGCAGGGAGGGGACAGGGUGGACUAGAGGUAAGAAGAGGUCUUAGUCGGGGGGUAGAGAGAUAGGGGUCCUAUCUUCUGAGCCUGAUCCCCCCAUUGCCAAUGAAGGACAGGUUGGAGCAGGUGGUUCAGCAAGCUCCUUCUCUGAGGCAGCAACUGGCCCAGGGGGUGCCCAGGCCUGCCUUUCUGGGACUCAGAUGGUGACAAGCAGGUCCCUCAGCCUGGCACUCCCCCUGCCCUCCUGCAGGUGGGGCACCCACCCCCCUAUGGUGCUAACAGCUCUCCACCAGGUGGUGUGAGGGCGGGGUGGGCAGAAGAGAGGGCGGGGCUGGGUUCUGGUUAGCUGUGGGAUCACUGCUGGAAGAGCAGCUCCCCUCCAGACUUCCCACUUUGUGCCUUUAGUAAACACUGUGCUUUGUA